AUGGUGUCCGCCGAAUUCAAUGAAAAAGCUGAAGCUGUCAAGAACUUGACUCAAAAGCCAACUGAUGAUGAAUUAUUGGAAUUGUAUGGUUUGUUCAAGCAAGCUACUGUUGGGGACAACACUACCACCAAGCCAGGUGCUUUUGAUUUCAAAGGUAAAUACAAGUGGGCUUCAUGGGACAAAUUAAAGGGUACCAGCCAAGAAGAUGCUGAAAAGCAAUACAUUGAAUUGGUCACAAACUUGAUUGCUAAAUACAAUUAG